CUCGUAGGCACUUCCGUUAUGGAUUGGAUUAUGAAAUAACAGAGCGCCACCUAUAACACACACCGAACACGUGCUUGAAGUGGUUUCCGGAUUAGCAUGGAGGUUACCACGAGAAGCAGUGGUCUUCACUUGCGCAACAUGGUGUGUGAAUUGGGUCAGCUGUCGCGCCCUGAUGGUGAUGUUACCAUGUUUCAGGGAGAUACAUCAGUCACAACGGCUGUGUAUGGACCGGGAGAAGUGCGUAUGAAUAAAGAAAUUCUUAAUAAGGCCACAGUAGAAACUGUAUAUAAACCCAAAUCAGGACUGCCUGGCUGUGCUGAAAAGAUGUUUGAAAGAACUCUAAGAAACACAUGCGAGACUUUCCUUUUAGCAGCAUUGCACCCUAGAUCUUCUAUAAGUAUCAUUGUGCAAGAGAUUCAGGACUCUGGUUCAUUACUAUCAUGUUGUGUGAACUCUUGUUGUUUAGCAUUGUUGGAUGCUAGUGUGGCUAUGAAGUUCCUAGUUGCAGCAGUGACAUGUGCCAUAGACGGAGAUGAUUGUGUAAUCCUAGACCCAACAGCUAAGCAGGAGAGGGAGAGCUCUGCUAUCCUUACUUUCGUAUUUGAGAACAAAGACAAUUCCAUACUGACUGUGUACACCACAGGAAGCUACACUGUCCAACAGUUCCAAAAGUCUUCACAAACAUGUAGAGAAGCCAGCAGAGCAGUGUUUGACUUUUACAAAACUUCCAUAGAAAAGAAACUCUCAAAGGCUGCCUAAUUAAAAUUAAAUACCCUGUCAUACUCA